AUGAUUCCCAACGAAAUUUUCGCUGAGGACAUGAUGAGCACCAUAAUCCGAUAUGGAUUAUACAUCGGAGCGGCUUUUCAACUGGUCUGCUUGCUUGCUAGUGUUACACUUACAGACGAUCAAAGUGAACCAUAUCCAUAUGAGAAGGCCUACACAGAUAGUGAUGAAUGUAGCUCUGAGCAGUCAUCACCAGGACAUCGAGCUACCAUCUCAAGAGCAAGACGCCAUGAUAAGAAGAAGAGGCGCUGA